AUGGAGUCCCGCCGGGCACUGGACAACCUCUUUAGCUGCUUCUAUGCGCUGGGCAUGCAGGCGCCCGAGGACAGUCGUCCCGCCAGGAGCCUGCUCUGGGGGCGCAUCUAUCGCUGCUAUGGGGCUGUCAUGUACGUGUGGCAGCUGCUGGCGGUGCCCGCGUGCUUUGUGAUCAGCUACCGGUAUAUGGGCGGCAUGGAGAUCACUCAAGUGCUGACCUCGCUGCAGGUGGCCAUCGAUGCAGUCAUUCUGCCCGCCAAGAUCGUGGCUCUAGUCGGCAGUCUGCCCCUGCUGCGGUGUGCCGAGAUUCACAUGGCCGAGCUGGAUGGUCGCUGCACGGAGCCGGAGGAGUUCCAUCGCAUCGGGGAGGCGGUGCGCUUCUGCAAUCGUCUGGUGUGGUUCUACCAGAUCGCCUAUGCCAUCUAUUCCGCCUCGACAUUUGUGUGUGCCUUCCUGCUGGAGCAGCCGCCCUAUGCCCUCUACCUGCCCGGCCUCGACUGGCAGCAGUCGUGGCGGCAGUUCUGCAUCCAGGCCUGGAUUGAGUUCCUCAUCAUGAGCUGGACGUGUCUGCACCAGGCCAGCGACGAUGUCUACGCCGUCAUCUAUCUGUAUGUGGUGCGGCUGCAUGUCCAGCUGCUGGCAGGGCGCGUGCGCCGCCUGGGCCAUGACCUGCGCGCCGAUGAACUCUGCCAGAGCCCCGAGCGGCAGGCGGAACAGUGCGAGGAGCUGCAGCGGUGCAUUGUGGACCACCAGACGGUGCUGAAGCUGCUCGGCUGCGUCGCACCGGUCAUAUCGCGCACCAUCUUUGUGCAGUUCCUAAUCACCGCCGCCAUCAUGGGCACCACCAUGAUCAACAUCUUCAUCUUUGCCAACACCAACACGAAGAUUGCGUCCAUCAUUUACCUGCUGGCCGUCACCCUGCAGACGGCGCCGUGCUGCUACCAGGCCACCUCGCUAAACCUGGACAACGAGCAGCUCUCCCUGGCGAUCUUCCAGUGCCAGUGGCUGGGCCAAAGUGUCCGUUUCCGCAAGUUGUUGCUCUUCUAUCUGCACCGAGCUCAGCAGCCCAUCGCCCUAACCGCCAUGAAGAUAUUUCCCAUCAAUCUGGCCACCUACUUGGGUAUUGCCAAAUUCUCCUUCUCGCUGUACACCCUCAUCAAGGGCAUGAAUCUGGGUGAACGCUUCAUCAAGGCCAAAUGAGGCUGAACGAUCCGCCGAUGCUUCACGCUUGAAAGUUUUUCAAUUGCAAGUGAAAUCGAUGUGAUCCUGCGCC